CAGACAAAUCCAGCAAUCUCCUUCAAUCUCUAUUACUUAACUGCAAUUUCCCAACCUCUUAGCAAACGGCAUCAUAAUCCGGGGAUUCCCCGCGUGGCGGCACUCUAAAUUUGCGGGGAACUCAAUACCCGAACUCCGUCCCAUCAAUAACCACCCUUUAGGCAAAAAGCAAACCACCAAAAAACCCAUACACAAUGAACAAACGGAAGCGAUCACCCGACGAAACACCAGCCGGCCCGAAUACUCAUAAUUCAAACGCUAGCCCUGUCGCAGCUGAACUCAACGAGAGUCUUCCGGCUAUUAGCCGUAAGAUUACGGCUUGUGCGGCAUGUAGGAAGCAGAAGAUUAGGUGUGAUAUGCCAGAUGGCGUUCCGCCGUGUACACGGUGUCGUCGUCGCGAGCUGUCGUGUGUGUUGAAUAAGAGUCUUCAGUCGUUGGUUGAGGAGGCCAAGAAUACGGAUAUUUUGCAAGCGGACGUGCGCGAGAUUCAUAGUACACUAGGUGUUAUCUGUGAGCAUCUGGGUCUAGAUAGACCAAAACCUCUACACAGUCACAGUCACAGUCACAGCAACCAUGAUAUCUCAGCCCCAGAUACAGAAGUCAACGGUAGCCAAGCACCACCAAGCACAACCAACAACAACGACCAAGACCAGACUCUCCCAGGCUGCGAGGUCUCACCACCCGGCACACCAUCUGCCGUGCAAGCACCAAUAGAUACAUAUCUCGACAUCGCAAAACUAGGAAGUAACAGCCACAGCCGAAGUCCUGGCUCCGGCUCUGCAGAGACACCUUCAAAUCAGAUAUCCAGGUCCCGUCGCCAUGUAUCACAACACCUCGUCAGUAAGGGCAUAAUUAGCAUGGCCGAUGCAGAAACACUUGUCGAUAGAUACUUUACUCGAGUUGACUCGUAUCUAUAUGGGAUAGGAAGUCGUCUGCAUAACCUCCAAAGACUACGGACUGGUCAUCCGGUUCUAUUCGCCGCGAUAUGUACCGUCUCCGCCCUACAUGACCCGGGCGAUCAAUCGCUAUACGAAGCAUGUAACCGGGAAUUCCGACGAUUAGUCUCGCAAAGUCUCUUCGAGAAGCAUGACCUCGAGUACAUCCGCGCACUAUGCAUCAGCAGUUUCUGGCUAGCAGAUGCAUCACGAAUCCUGCUCAGCGACGCAAUUCGCAGAUCCGCAGACGUUCAUUUGCAUCGUAGUUUCGGUAGACUCUGGAGUUGCUCCGGCGAUGCACGAUCAAACCCCGCCGCCGCAGAAAUGCGAGACCGCGUCAGACUCUGGUACCUCCUCUUCAUCUGCGACCAACACCUCUCCAUUCUGCACAACCGAGACCCGCUGCUCCGCAGCGAUACCGAAAUCGCAAUAAGCUGGGAAGCGUACCUCCGGCGCUCCGACGUAACAGACUCCGACGUGCGCAUCGUCUCGCAAGUAGCCCUACUUCUGAUAAUGAGCCAAGUCCGCGACGUGCUGGGCUGCGACUCAGAUACGGAAACACGCAUCCCGCAAACUAUGGCGAACCAAAUCGUGCAUUACUCCCGACAGCUGGAUAAAUGGUUCACGCGCUUCUCGUCGAUGUUCAAACCAGAUCCGUUUUUGGGUGAUUUUCCGCGCAGGGGUCUGCAGUUACAUUACCAGUUCGGGAAAUUAUAUCUAGGACAUCAGGUCUUUAAGGGUCUGCAGGGCGAAGCUAUACCGGGACCCUUUAUGGCAGCUGCAUCUAUGGCGCAUGACGCGGCGAUAAGUAUCUUCGAAAUGAUCCUGUAUGAAGAAACGCUGCAGGCGAAUCUUGUAGGAAUGCCGCAUUACUUCCAUAUUAUGCUUGCGUUCGCGGGUCAUUUUCUGUUAGAAGUUACGAAGGGCUAUGCGGGGCAGUUGGGGAUUGUGCCUGAGGAUAAUUUUAUGUUGAUACGUAAAGUGUUGACACUGUUUCGGGGGACGCGGUGUGUGGCUAUGCAUCCGAUUUGUAGGAUGACGCCGGGGUUGGAUCGGAAACUUUGUGAUUGUGCGGCGAGUCUCUCAUCAUUAUCUGCAGAGCCUCCGUCAGUCGAAGUUUCGGGUUUGGCGAGGGGGGCUGUUGAGGGUGCUGGUUCUGUGGAGGGGUUUGUUUGGCCUGGAGAUGGGCUUUUUGGGACUGCGACUGGGACAGGGGCAGGGGCUGUGGAUGAUGUUUUCUUACCGGAGUGGGAUUUUGGGGAGUUUUCGUUUCCGGGAAUGUUGUCGAAUGUUAUGCCGUAGUCUGUAUUCACU